AUGGAGCUGCGCAGCCGCAGCAUCCCGCCCUCGCCGGAGCAGAAGCCGGCCCGCAGCCGCGGCGCGGGGCAUGCUGACAACGCAGCGGCAGCGCAGGGCCUGCCGUCCCCCUCCUCAUGGCCCAUGCUGACCGCCGACCCGGCGGCCGCGCUGGAGGGCGUGCCAGACAUCCCGUUCUCGCAGCUCUGCCACGAGGGCAGCAAGGUCACCAGCAAGAACCUCCUGAACAAGAUCUGGCGGUACACGAUCGUGCCCACCAAAAACCUGUACCUGCCCUUCAUGUUCAGCGGCCUGCCCACCAACUACCUCAUGGGUGCGCGUGCGCAUGCAGCAGCUGAGCACGGGGCGUUCAGCAGCGGCGUGCGCAUGCGCAUGCGCUCGUGGUGGCAUGCGUGA